GCACGACGGUGCCAUUCUGUCAACAACAUCAUACGGGUGUAAGGUGAAUGCCGGCAAAAUCAGCGCUCUGCACCCUGAGGUGUCAGGAAAACAAUACUGUGAUCUAAAAGUUUCGAAAAGAGCAAACACCAUCGAAAGGCUCCUAGUACGCCAACCGGAUAGUAAGCCAUGGCAGCCAUAGUGCCCAAGCUUUCCAGCAGUGGUGCUGUCAGGAUCCGCUUCAACAGCAUUGAACUGGGCACCUCCAGAUGGAAGGAAGGAACUUUUGAGAUCCUAGAGAAGGACAACAAAAUUAAUCUCUGUAUCAGAUUCAACUGUGGUGGUCCUUCCAAAACCUUCCAGCUCAACCAGAAUGUGAAGCACAUUUCCCAAGGUAUGAACCGGAUCAUGCUGACUCUGAAGGACAACAGUGCCAUCACCCUAGAUAAGUUGCCUCCUACUUUGGCUCAGAAGACCAAAGAAUACCUGGAGAAGCUGAAGCAUGGGAAGCAAAUUUUGAAAACAUCACAUGGAAGUGCGAGUUUCAGUGUGCUUGGGAAUCGAGCCAUCAAAAAUGACACUAGUCCGUCUGGGGAGAGACAGGCAACCAACAUCUUCCAGUCAACCCCAAGGCGACAGAGUAUGGAUGGCAGGGAGGAAAUGCCGCGAAAGCCUCUGGGCAGCCCCAGCAGAGCAGCCUCCACUCCCACUCGUACAGGGCUUUCUGAGAACAGGAGCGAGAAGAGGAAGAGACUCCUGAAUUCUGACACCGAUUUGUCUGAGGACUAUCCCAAAGAAAACGACUCAUCAAGCAACAAUAAGGCCACCUCAGACCCAUCCAGAAAGUUUCUGCUUAACUGCAAAGAGAAGCUGAAGCAGGUAGAGGAGAACCGCAGCUCAGUCUCAACUCCUCUCCAGCCAACAUCAUUUUAUGGCAGCCGAUCUAUGACUAAAGACUACAGCCAGAGCCAUUCUUUCUUAGAUAGGCCAUCAAGCACAAGCCAAACUCCUUCAGCCAAGAGAAGCCUGUUGUUGCCGAACCACUCCACCCCCUUAAAAAAAGUACGUCCGUCAGUGGACUAUGGUGGAUGGAACAAGCACAGGCCGUCCACCUUGACCCAGCCACAACCACAGCUACAAGGAUUCUCUAACCUUGGCAACACAUGCUACAUGAAUGCCAUCCUGCAGUCCCUCUUCAGCCUCCCCUCCUUCUCAAAUGACAUGCUGAGGCAAAGCAUCCCCUGGAAGAAAGUGCCUAUCAACGCAUUGCUCAGGCGUUUUGCCCAUCUAAUGAUCAAGAAGGAUGUGGGUUGUCCAGAGACCAAGAAAGAUCUCCUGAGGAAGGUGAAGAAUGCCAUCUCUUCCACAGCGGAGCGUUUCUCUGGAUACAUGCAGAAUGAUGCCCACGAGUUCCUAAGCCAGUGUUUGGACCAAUUAAAGGAGGAUGUGGAGAAGAUAAAUAAGAGCUGGAGGAACGAAGCAGCAACAGUGGCCACUUCAUCGUCCUCUAUAACGUGGGAGGAUGGCCCACUGGGGACGAUGACAUCGCCAGCAGCAGUCAAGACGGAACCCGGCGAUGAGGCUGACACCUCCCGCAUCUACACUUGUCCGGUUGUGGUCAACAUGGAGUUUGAGGUGCAGCAUACCAUCACUUGCAAAGGUUGUGGGGAGGUGGUGACAAAACGAGAGCAGUUCAAUGACUUGUCCAUUGACCUGCCACGCAGAAAGAAAACUCUCCCACUUCGCUCCAUCCAGGACUCUCUCGAUCUCUUUUUCAGGGUGGAGGAGAUUGAAUACUCAUGUGAAAAGUGCAAUGGGAAAGCUGCAUCAGUGACUCAUAAAUUCAGCAAACUGCCCAGAGUGCUAAUCCUGCAUCUGAAGCGAUACAGUUUCAAUGCCCAGCUGUCUCUAAACAGCAAGCUGGGCCAGCAGGUGGUGAUUCCACGAUACCUUACCCUGUUGUCUCACUGCACGGAAUCUACACGACCCCCUCUCAGUCUGGGCUGGAGUGCCCAAGCCGCCAUGUCCCGAACACUCAAGACCUCCCAGUCUGUCAAUUCCUCCUCGGCAGCUCUCCGAAGGGCAGGUGGGAAAAUAAGCAAUUCCAGCUGCAGUUCCAUCCUGGAUUCAGACAGUGAGGAGGAAAUGAACAGGAAGGUGAACGGGAGCCGCAAGCGACGGCAAAGUGACUAUCUGCUCGACGAUGAUGACCGACCAGAGGAGCGGACACCAAAUGUAGAGCCAGCAGACUUUAAUGGUAUAAAUGAUGAUGAGAUGCUUGCCGCCGUGCUGGAAAUGAGUUGCCAAGAGGCCGGGCUCUCGGUACCGCCACCCCUGGAAGAUGAGCCAACCAGCAGCCCUGACACAGGCUUUGGGGACACAGAUGCCCAAGACCUUGCCUUUCAUUCAGAUGUACUGGCUACAGACCCUAAACAUCCUGCAGACAUGCUGGGUUCCCUGGACUUGACCAUGGAUGAAAACAAAGAGAACCAGACUCCAGAGGGUGUGCAGCAGCAGGGUGAGCUGGACUGGGUCCAUCAAUACAGUCUAGACCAGGAGAGAGAGGAGCAGGAACUGCAGCAGGCCCUGGCCCAGAGCCUCAAGGAACAUGAGGCCCAAGAGAUGAGAGAGGAUGAUGACCUGAAGAGAGCUACAGAGCUCAGCUUGCAGGAGUUCAACAACUCACUACCAGAGCUGCUUUGCUCAGAUGAGGACUCUGGAAAUGAGGAUGUGCUGGACAUGGAAUAUAGUGAAGCAGAGGCAGAGGACCUCAAGAGAAAUGCUGAGAGUGGAGACCUUGCCAAUUCGUUCAGACUCAUCAGUGUGGUCAGCCACAUUGGGAGCAGCUCCUCCUCAGGUCAUUAUAUCAGUGAUGUGUAUGACAUGAAGAAGCAGUCAUGGCUUACCUACAAUGACCUGGACGUAUCACGCACACAAGAAGCUGCUGUCCAGCGAGACCGUGACCGCAGUGGAUACAUCUUUUUCUACAUGCACAAGGAUGUGUUUGAAGAGUUGUCUGAGAUGGAGAGGAGCGGGGCCAACAACACCUCAGAGGCAGGGAGAAAUGUUUUGCAACCCCUUUGAGGACAGUCACUGGUGGACAGCACCUCCCCUCUGUUAGGGUGGGGGGGUUCUAAAGUUAGGGUGAAUGAACUUGAGUACUACUGGUUGCCGUCCAUUUUUGGUCGUGUUUAGGCACUUUCGCUUCCUCUACCGAUCACUAGAAGCCAGGAUAAGUUAGUACCCAUUUACUUUUAAGAUACCAGAAAUGCAGUUGUACAAUUUUGUUCCUUGGAUCAAAUUUUACCUCCAUGUUUUGGGGCUGGAUUUUUUUUUUCUUCCUUUGCUAUGAUUUUAUUGAACAACUCUUGUAAAAUAGUUUGGCAUAUUUCUGUACGAGCUUCAUUCAGAGGUUCUCUUCAGCUAUCAGACACUAAAUGGUGCUGGUGCUCCUUGGAUUGUAUAGUUUUCAGACUUAAUUUUCCAUCGAAGAUCUAAAUAAAGAUAAAUUGUUUGUUGAAAUAUAAGCUAACUUAGAGCUAGAGGUUUGUGUAUUUUGCGGGUACAUUGGUGCAAUAUUAAUGUUCUGGCACAGUUUUGAUCAGCUUUCUAUUUCUGUCCUACAGUUUUGAGUGGGAGCAAUUUCCCAGUUUCUUUCUUUGCUUAGUCAUGACUUCUCUGCGUGUUUGUCUUAUGUGUUUUAUAAAUCUUGAAAUUUAACAAGCUCAGUAUUUAUAAUAUAGCUUGUCCUUUGAGCUCUCUUCUAGAGGGUUUCCUCUAGUGCCUCCCAGUAAAAAAAAAAAUCUUAAUUUCUGCAGAGCUUUACUUAAAAAUUGCACAACCACUUUGUCAGGAAUGACUUUCUCACACCUCAAAAAAUGCUGUUUUUAGUAUAUAAGUCAGCUGGGUUUUGCUCUUCAAAAGGCCAACAGAGUUUUCUACUUAUUGCAACAUAGGGUAUAAGUUAUUGUGGAAGAUCAGUCAAUACUCCCCCACCCACCCAUCGCACAGCCAACACACACACACACACAUAUACAUAAGCACGUGUGUGUUUCAGUCAUCUCCAGAUUCCCCCUUUCUAUCAUGAGCUGAGGAGCACAAUAAAGUAGGGCUGGGGGGGUGUGUGUGUGUGUGUGUUUGUGUUUGUGUUUCAAUUGUCUCCAGCUUCCCCCUUUCUGUCAUGAGAGCUGAGGAGCACAAUAAAGUAGGGCUGGGUAAGAAAAAUUGAGAUUUCUGUACGUGUACCUUUACUGAAAAUCAAUAAUUUCAAAUGAUCAAUAGAACUAUAAAGGCACAUUUUAUUAUGAUGAAUUACUGUAUGUUACAUUUGUCUGCUUCUUUCAAACACUUGAGUCUGUUUUCCUCAUAUAGCCAAAAACACAAUUUGAGUUAUUAUAACAACUAUUGCAUUUGCAGCUUUGUUACUGUUAAUGCACAAGAUACUCAAACUUGUGUAGAUAUUGUUUGAUACCUAGCCCUAUGUAGGUAGCCUUUCAGGAAGGUUGCAUUACUUUCAACUGAUGGUUGGGGUAAGAUUUUGAAGUACGAUCAACUUAUCCCUAACUGUAGCAUCACAAAAAUAUUCAAAGGUAGGCCUAUUUGUUUUAAAUAUUCCAUAAAUUUACAGCUGUGAAAAAUUGAACCUUCCCGAACAUGCCCCAUAGGCAUUGUAAAAUAUGCAUAGUGUAUUUGUGAAGAAAGAGUGGUAAGCUUUUUUUCUACCCAUUCCUAUAGUAUCUGACUUACUAGACUUACUAGAGAAUAAAAGAUUUAAGCGAAAAAGGUGCUUAG